CUUCUUAUAUCCCUUUACUGUUGUUUAAAGGUGCAAUUUCUGUAGCUUUUCUCGUGGGGUUUUUUGUUUGUUUGGUGGUUUUGUUUUGUUGUUUUUUUUUAAUUCACUUGCACUUCUUGUCUUGGUUUAGUUCUGCGUAUCUUUGGGACAAAAUGUUACUCAGCUGUUUAACACGUGAAAUUCAAGCUUAGAAAGACACAGCCUUAUGUAUUUUAUGUGUUUGAGCUUCAAGAUACAAACGAACAAAGGGUGCGUUUUCAGCUAAGAGGCUGUAAGAAGCAGAAGAUUUGUAUUCAGUCCCUGUAGACGUGGUAAAGUGUUACGCACUGUGUAUUAAUACAUCCAUGUUCUCUGAAGCUGCACAACUAUUUCUCUGAUUGAAAAAAUAGCUUGUUUGAGAAAGCUGUGGCCGCUGGAAGGUUGUUUGUACGCUCUGUAUUGUUGGUUGUUGCUGUUCUGUCUGCAUUUCCACUCACGUCUGUAUAAAAUGAGAUACAGUCAGAACAAGCCGAGUCUAAAGGAGUAGACAUAAAGUCACAAAAAAGGAGUAGCCAUUUGAUUUCCUCUCUGCUAGACUAAAAUCCUAAAAUCUUGGGGGAAAAGGACCUAAUGAGUAUGGAAAUGGAAGGAUUCCGUCAUUUUUACUGAUGGGCAGAUAACACGGUUGAAUUCGAAGGGACGUUAGUGAAUUACCUGCUUAAGGUCCAAGGGUUCUUGCAUGCGAGGUCUGCUGCGCGGUCGCGUGGCAAAUGAGAAAGAGGCAUUGGUUGGCAUUUACGUCUGCAGAGUUAACGUUCACCAAAUCAUCUCUGAUGUUCGGCAUCACUUGUGUUUGUCAUGUGGAACGGGAAAUAUUGCCCGCCGUAGCUACCACUGUAGGUAAAUCCUGUCAACUGCCACCUUUUGAUGGUUCUUUAAUGUUUCUUAGUCUAGUAAAGGUCUGGAUUUCUAUCUAAAUCCAAUAUAUUCCUGUGUAAUAGAUAUCUUUCUUUUGUAAAAUGGUAGCGGCUCAUCUCUUGAACGGCUGGUUGCUGAUUCAGUCCCUGUUUUCAGCCAUAGUGUCACCCAAAUACUGAGGUAAGUCAGCUAUUUUCAGUCUUUGCGCCACACAAACAAACAAGUACAGUUGAAACACGAGUACUGUACAUGGUAAGACUUUUCCCUUUCCAGCUUGAAGAUGGGUGUUAACAGAACGAUAACGAGCUAUUCUUGGCUAAUUGUGUUCUGAUGAAGGAGAGUGCUUUCCAGCUACAACAGCGGGCCUACAAAUCCUUCCAGUCGUGCUCAUUUGGUGUGAGGGAUUUUUGUCUUGAGAAAACAACCCUCUGUCAUGUCGCAAGUUAGCAAGUGGGAAAGGAUCCAGAGGUGGGAGAAAUUCUGCCCUAAUUUAUCCAGGCCUUUGGGCUGUCACUGCGAUAAGCACAAACUGGAAAAAAAAGUUUCCAAAAAUGGCUUGACACGUGUAGAUAUUCUGUGACCUCCGUUCCAGAAGCUGAUAUAAAUGUAAUGGAAGGUGAGAUCAUGUCAUUUACAGAGAGGCUUUUACAAAUCAACACCGUUUCCUGGGUAAGUAUUGCCCUGAGUUCUUUUCGUGUUACAGUUCAUGAUUUUAAUGCUUUGCCUCGCUUGGUGUGAGAUACUUCGGGGAUUUGCACACUUGCUGGACUUGGAUGCGGUUUGCCUCAGGCUUUGGAGGAGCUCCAAAGGGUCUCUUGGUGUAAGGUAAUUCAGGUUUGACUGCGUGGUUGCAGGGAAAUGUGCAGCCGUUCCUCGUUGCUGGAAGGAGCAGUGGUGUGCCAUGAAACCUCCUUAGUCUAUCUGAAACCUGGAAGAACACUUCAGGAGGGUUUGCUGUCUGGACAUCAGGCCUAUUGCAGAACCCACAAGGAAGCUCUCUCUUAAUUCUAUUUAAUUUAGCACAGGGAAUUAGAAAAAUAAAAAUUGAAACUAAAAAUAAAGCAAAUUUAGGAAAUUUAUUUAGGAACUUCAUCUGGUGAAAAGAUUUCCAAAUAGCUGCUUUGUGAAAAGGAUUAUUAAACCUAUAAAUUCAGCAGAUAUAAAGGAAUAACAUGACUCAAAUCAGUGCCAAUUUUAAGUAGUGCUCUUUGUCCGUUCUUUCACCUUGUAAUUAAGUAAGGAUAAAGCAAGGUAAUGGGGCAGGCGGGGGGAAAAAAGAAGGACCAAAUUCAGCCAUUGGUUUUACUACUAAGUGUCAGCGGCUUCUCUGGAAUCUAAUCAAUAGUGAGUGAAAGUGUAAAGCAAUUGCUGCCGGCACUCCGAAGCGUGACCUGUGCGGAUCAGCUGGGCUGUCCCCGCGUUGUGUUCCUCUCAGUAAGGCUGCGCUGACCUCGAUUUUACAUGUGAGGCUGUAUACAAAAUGCUGUGGGGGUGAAUGCAUGGGGGUAUUAUUUCUUACCACGGAGGAUUAAAGCUGGUCCUGUCCAGCUUUCUUCAGAGGCAAGGAGCGAUGCUGAGCUCCCGGAGCUUUGUAGCAUUUCUCUGCUUUAAAACUCUCUACUCUUAAAUUCUAGCGUUUCAUCUGACGGCAUUUCAGAUGUGUUUAAGCACUGAGCUUCCUUCUGUUUUACAUUGAUGAAGUCAGUCUGGGUGCAGUUCUGUAAUGUUGGAUGCUGCUGGUAAAUGGUUGGUUUAUUGCAUUCUAAGCGCCUUUUCCUGAGGGUUUUAGAAGAAAAUAACAAUUCAUGGCAACAUGAACGAAUGUUCCAGAAUAGCAGCUGCUAGAACUAAUGGUUAAACAUUGCUAUGUUAAGGCUGUUAACAAAUUCAUGUGAGACAAUUAUUCUGGUUCCUUAUGGGAAGAAGUAUCUUUCAGUCACAGGCGCAUCAACGAGAAUUAAAAUGAUUUUUCUUAUUUAAAAUAAUGCCAUAUUCUCAAACUGUGCUUCCAUUUUGCCUGCAAGCGUUGGGAUCAGUCGUGUCACAGCCUUGCUUUGUAAAGCACACGGGAAAGGAUUGAACACCAGGAACUUUGUGCAGCUCAGACUUCAAAAACCCAACCUGCCCCUGUUGAUAAACCUCCAGGGACUUUGGCAUUCUUGCAGGGAUCCUCUGAAGAGCCCGAGAUACUUUAAACUCCACGAACAGGACAGCCCGCAUCGGUUGCUGGGCAGAUGCUAAUGCUGGUGGCUGUUCUGCCACCGCUCCUGGCCUGCCUGCACACACAGCGCUCGCGUGGAACUGCAAAGCCAUCACAAGUCAAGUACAUUUUUGCAUUCAUUUAAAAAAUUAUGAUCAAUACGUUUUUGUGUUGUUAAGGACCAGAACUUUGCGGGACAAGUGCUAUUUUUCAUUCCUUUCCCAUUUCUGAAAUACCCUUCCUUACCGAGUGAAGUGCCAGAGAAGGAAACCCAAAAUCCUUCCCUCUCCUUGACUGCCUAAAGAGGCAAUCGUACAGUCCUAAAAAUAACCAAGGAAUCCGAAACAGAAGUCUUGGUGAAGUCCAGGCCCUCCCUCGGUGGGAGUUUUGCCAUGAAUUUCAAUGAGUUCAGGACUUCGUCUGAUGUGUUGGCCAACUCCUGAGGUUGAGUUGUUCCUGGAAGGUUGUGCCAGCUGCCUCUUGUUCUAUUUCCCAGAAUAACCACUUCGAUAAGUGUUAUCUUCCAAAUACGGAAGAUAAAUUCCAUAUUUGCCACUUACAAAUAUGGAAUGGGUCCUGUAGUGAGCACUUCACAUUACACAGGAGCUGUCAUUUAAACACACGCAGCAAACGCUUCCGUGAAACUCUUCGUGGGGGUUAUUUUUAGUUGUUUGUUUAAGACUGAUGAUGACCCUCUAAGAAAAAGGCAAAUUUAAACACGCCACUAGGGAACAACCGCAGUGUUUGAAAUAAUGAAUGCUUGGGGAUUUUUAUUUGUCAUCUAACUACUAACAUUCUGACUGCUAAGUGCAUAUGGUGAAUUCAUUUCUGACAAAUGAAAUUUCUAGAAGGUAAUUCAGCGUUGGAAGAGACGGGGUUACGCUUGCUGAAGUCCAAGCAGAGCUGAGUGUGUAUCCUCUAGCUGAACUUGUCCCAUGGUCACGAGGCCAAUUAACAGAGUAUCUCAGGACCCCUCGAGGCUACCGGGGAGGAGAUUCCCUUUUGGGAACUAAUGCUGUAUGUCCUGUUAAAUGUGUUUCGGUAAAACCUAGUCAAGCCGCAAUUUAUGUGGACACCUAAGAUGCUUUGCAGGAUUGGGGCUUUAGCAUAGACUCUGCUGUUCAGGUUUAUUCUUUUCCAAAAUCAUUCUUUUUACAGCAGUUUGCUCUCUAGAUGAUGGAGAGUCCCUCUGUCCUAUUCCUUGCCGUCUCCUUCCCCCCCGCCCCCAAAUUACUGUUUUUCAGCCAAAAUUGAGGCGCUAUGUGCGACGACGAUGAAACCACCGCCCUCGUGUGUGACAAUGGCUCUGGGCUUUGCAAAGCUGGGUUUGCAGGAGAUGAUGCCCCAAGAGCUGUAUUUCCAUCCAUCGUUGGACGGCCUCGACAUCAGGGCGUUAUGGUUGGAAUGGGUCAAAAAGACAGCUAUGUAGGGGAUGAAGCACAAAGUAAACGGGGGAUCUUGACGCUGAAGUAUCCCAUCGAGCACGGCAUCAUCACUAACUGGGAUGACAUGGAAAAGAUCUGGCAUCAUUCUUUCUAUAACGAACUCCGGGUUGCGCCGGAGGAGCACCCCGUCCUGCUGACCGAGGCCCCCUUGAAUCCCAAGGCCAACCGUGAAAAAAUGACUCAGAUUAUGUUUGAGACGUUCAACGUGCCAGCCAUGUAUGUCGCAAUUCAGGCAGUGCUGUCUCUGUAUGCAUCCGGAAGAACGACUGGAAUAGUUUUGGAUUCCGGGGAUGGUGUCACACACAACGUGCCUAUCUAUGAGGGCUAUGCCUUGCCUCAUGCCAUCAUGAGACUCGACCUGGCAGGCAGAGACCUGACUGACUAUCUCAUGAAAAUUCUUACGGAGAGAGGCUACUCUUUUGUCACCACUGCGGAACGGGAGAUUGUGAGAGAUGUCAAGGAGAAGCUUUGUUACGUGGCUUUGGAUUUUGAAAAUGAAAUGGCAACUGCUGCUUCCUCCUCCUCUCUUGAAAAGAGCUACGAGCUUCCUGACGGACAGGUCAUCACUAUUGGGAAUGAACGGUUCCGAUGCCCAGAAACACUCUUCCAGCCAUCCUUCAUAGGGAUGGAAUCUGCAGGUAUCCACGAAACCACUUACAACAGCAUUAUGAAAUGCGAUAUCGACAUCCGUAAGGAUCUCUAUGCUAAUAAUGUCCUCUCUGGAGGAACCACGAUGUAUCCUGGGAUUGGCGAUCGCAUGCAGAAAGAGAUCACAGCUUUGGCCCCAAGUACUAUGAAGAUCAAGAUGAUUGCACCACCGGAACGUAAAUACUCUGUCUGGAUUGGGGGCUCAAUAUUGGCGUCUCUCUCCACUUUUCAGCAAAUGUGGAUCAGUAAAGAUGAAUACGAGGAAGCUGGCCCCUCGAUUGUCCAUCGCAAGUGCUUUUGAAUACUUCCAUCAUGUACUGUCAGUGAUAAGUAGUGCUGUUUCUCUACACAUCACCUGCCCUCGUUCGCCUCUGAGGGUGGUUUGGCUUUCUUCCACAGGUUAAAAAAACCACGCUGUAUGGUUGUCAUAUGAAUUAGCAAAUACUUCUAAUUUUUGACACUAAAAUGAGACUAAUAUUUCAGUGCUGGGUGUUUUCCAAGUUUAGUAACAGUGGUUAUACAAGACAUGUUAUAGACCUCCCUCCCCCCACGUUAGUAAGUGUUGUCCUGCCAUCCAGGAGGUGACACACAAUGCUGCGUGUUGGUCUCUGCUAAUCGACCAUAAGCCUGACGUACGCACGUAAGGGAUUCUUUCAAACUCAUAGCGCAAGAUUUAGGUACCAGAGAAGGCUUAUUUUAUGCAGUCAAGUGGUUCUAAGGGGUUUUAUUUUACUGAGGAUACAGCGGAUCUGUGUGGGCACCGAUGCGCACGCGGGCACCAGCUCUUUCAGCAGAGCCCGUGUGGGUGUCUUUCCAUGGUAUCCUGCCGCUGUUCGGCAGGGGACCUUUGCCUCCCUGUGACCGCCGCUCCCAUCCGUAAGGAGCUUUGUCAAGCUACAGUACAUCUGAACUUAGGUAUAACAGGCGAAUUUAUUGGAUGUGUUAUUGCUUUCUUCAUCUCUCUUCCUAAGCAGUUAACUGAUGUUUCAUUUACUUCUGCUACAUAUGUGCUAUGCUAAGCGAAGCUAAUGAGUGCAGAGUAAAUAAUAACCUUUUGAAUAUGUUAUUGAAAUACUCUGGCUUUAAUGGAUCAAUAAAAGUGUAAUUAUCCAUGUAAGGCUGCUGUGGC